CAACUGCAUCCCUGCUUGCAAAUUCUAAGAAUAAUCCUCGGAUGAUCUAAUAUGGGGGUCUGCAACUGCAACUCUUCGAACGCCGCCCGACCAGCUAUAUGUAUUCUCCUUUCUUUUCUCUUCCUAUGCUGUCUUCUUGCAGCAGCCCCUCAGGCCAAUGCACUGAGCUUCAAUCUCACCAGCAUUGGGUCUCCAAGUCGAAACGUCAAUAUAAGAUGCUACAGAGAUGCUUAUAUCUCAGAUCAAGGGAUUCAGCUCGCCUCAAACGAGAUUAGCACAGACCCUACACAGAGAGCCGGUCGAGCCACAUAUUUGGAGCCUCUUCAUCUAUGGGAUAAAGCUUCUGGGAAUUUGGCAGAUUUCAGCACCUAUUUUGCGUUUGUGAUCGACUCAGGGGGGAGCUCAUACUAUGCAGAUGGUCUGGCCUUUUUUCUUGCCCCCACUGUUGAUAUUCCCAAUAACAUCACUCCGGGUGGAGCCAUGGGCCUUCCAAUCCACCCCGUUACAAUACAAGCACUCAGCUCAUUUCUUGCUGUGGAGUUUGAUACAUCUAACAAUACAUGGGAUCGUGUAGUAGGAUCGAAACCCCAUGUAGGUAUCGACAUCAACUCUCUCACAUCAAAUGUUACUCAAGAGUGGUUUAGCAACGUUACCGGUGGAGCAACAAAUGAGGCUUGGAUUACUUACAAUUCCAGUUCAAAAAAUUUGAGUGUUGUUUUCAGUACUUCUCCUGUAAAUAACACAAGGGUCGAGAGAGCCCUUCAUUUCUUGGUUGAUCUACGGGACCACUUGCCAGAAUGGGUUGCAGUCGGUUUCUCAGCUUCAACGGGAUCAUGUUUUGAGACAAACCAUGUUAAAUCAUGGAGUUUUAGCUCGAGUUUGAUUGUUCCUGACAAGAGUAAAAACAAGGGAUCCGUGGUACUGGGACUGAGUAUAGGCCUGCCUGCUUUGGUGCUUGUGUUCGCCUUAGCUGUCUUUGUCUUCUGGAAGAAAACUAGAGCAAAGGAUGAAUUUGAUGUUGAACUGUCCAUGGAUAGUGAUUUUCAGGCAGGUACUGGGCCAAAGAAGUUCUCUUAUAAUGAAUUGUCCAGGGCAACGGGUAAGUUUGCGGAGGAACAGAAGCUUGGGGAGGGAGGAUUCGGAGAUGUUUACAAAGGCUUCUUGAGGGAAUUGAACUGCUAUGUUGCUGUGAAAAGGAUAGCAAAGAGGUCAAAACACGGAAUAAAGCAGUAUGCAUCGGAAGUGAAGAUCAUUAGCCGGUUGAGGCAUAGAAACCUGGUGCAACUCGUUGGUUGGUGCCAUGAGAAAAAACAACUCCUGCUUGUAUACGAGUUCAUGGAAAAUGGCAGCUUGGAUUCCCACCUCUUCAAACAGAAAGCCUUGUUGACAUGGGCAAUAAGGUAUAAAAUUGCUCAAGGCCUGGCCUCAGCACUGCUCUACCUGCACGAAGAAUGGGAACAGUGUGUGGUCCAUAGGGAUGUGAAGUCAAGCAAUGUUAUGUUGGAUUCCAAUCUCAAUGCAAAACUUGGUGAUUUUGGAUUAGCUAGGCUCGUUGACCACGAUAAAGGUUCACAAACCACUAUUUUGGCAGGAACAAUGGGCUAUAUAGCGCCAGAAUGUGUACUUACAGGCAAUGCCAGCAAGGAAUCAGAUGUCCAUAGCUUCGGGAUUGUCGCAUUGGAGAUAGCUUGCGGGAGAAAACCCAUCGACCAUAAGGUCCCAGAAGACCAAAUGAGACUGGUUGAAUGGGUUUGGAAUCUCUAUGGUACAGGACAGCUCCUGGAAGCAGUGGAUCCAAAGAUGGACACAGAUUUUGAUCAGCAAGAAAUUGAAAGAUUAAUGAUUGUGGGGCUGUGGUGCGCUCACCCUGAUCGCAAUCUGCGGCCUUCCAUAAAGCAAGCGAUUCAGGUGCUUAGUUUUGAAGCUCCGUUGCCCGCCCUUCCGACAACAAUGCCAGUGGCAACAUACUUUAGUUCUGCUCCGCGAGUAGUGAAUACUACUACUUCGACGUCUCCGGGCUCUUUUACCUUUGGCGCCUAUGUUUCUGAGAGCAGUAGCCAAGGCCAGUCUUCAAGCUAUAACGAUGACUCUUCAAAGGUCACCUCAUCUUCUUCAACUGCUUCUCCAUCUGCUUCACUUUAAUUUGCAUGUGUUGACGUACGAGAACCGUCAACCGAAGUUUGAGAGCCCGCAAUGCAAUAACAGGUGCCGAAGAGUAAGGAACAGAAGCAAAGGAACCAACAAUAAGCACACAAGAUUUUUACGUGGUUCGGCUCAAAUGAUGCCUAGUCUACGAUUGUUCUCUGAUUAUUCUGGCAGAGUCACAGUAUGUAAUUUAGUGAUCGAUCCCUUUACAAUGACGUAUUCUUCUCUAUAAAUAGGGUCGUGUUGUUUACAAUUCGAAUCAGUUCUAAAUA